GACGGAACUGCCUUGAGCCCUGCGGGGGCCGUCGCGCGGGGGGACCCACCCGCUCUCCCCCCCAACCCUCCUCAGCAGAAGCAGCCGGCGGCGGGGGCAGGAGUCAGCCCGCUUCCGACUGCACCCCGCCCGCCUCCCGGGGCGCUUAUUCUUUGGCCCCGGGACCCUAACCUCAUCCCGGGGCGGUUCCCUCUGGGCGUCCGAGAGCUGCCCACCUCUCUUUCAUUUCUCCCUGCACCUCCUUACCUUCACUUUGCCCCGGUUCUCUUUCUCCUCUGCGUCCUGCCCUGUCGCCUCCUCCGCUCACCGUCUCUCCUGCCUCCUUCCCUGGCUCUUUCCUGUUCAGGAAAGUUUGGUACCCCCGCCUCCAAUCAGGUCAACCUGACCAGGAGCGGGGGGAGAUGUAGGAAGGCCUGAGAGUUCGAGGGGGGGGAAAGCUGGUGUCCCUGAAAAUUUCCCCCCAUCUUUUUAAUUUGGGGUGGUUGGAAUUUUUUACAGUUGUAUUUUUGAGGAGGUGGUAGGUGUUUAGAAAAGGAUGUGGGAAUGGAAGGGGUAGAUGAGUCAACCCUCUUACAGGAUUCCAAGGGUGGUGUGUUACCUGAUCCUUUUCGUGUGUGGAGUUCAGGGGGUCGGGAGGCUUGGCCUUUAUUCCCACAUUCAAAGUUGGAACCUCCCCCGAAUUAAGGAUGGAGUUUUAGUACCCACUUGUGGCAGGAAACCUGGGGGGAAGGGGUCCCUUUUCCCUUUUUCUUUUCUUUUUCUUUUUUUAUAUUCUUUUAUUGUUUUGGCACCCCACACCCUUCCACACACGCUCACCCCGAAAUUAAACACCACGAUCCUCUAACGUGUUUGGAUUGACUGAUGAAGACAUAAAGCCAGUUCCGCUCCAUGUUUUUUGAGGUGGAGUGAGUGGUUUCUCUUCAUUUUUAAAUGGCCAAAUGACAGCUUGACCCAGUUUGCUUUCCAAUCAAAGGGCAUUUUUUUUGAAUGUCUCUUUGUGGCGCAAGAGCCAACGCAAAAAUGAUGGCGGCUUACAAUGGCGGUACAUCUGCAGCAGCAGCAGGUCACCACCACCACCAUCACCACCACCUUCCACACCUCCCUCCUCCUCACCUCCACCACCACCACCACCCUCAGCACCAUCUUCACCCGGGGUCGGCUGCUGCGGUACACCCUGUCCAGCAGCAUACUUCUUCGGCAGCUGCGGCAGCCGCAGCAGCGGCCGCAGCUGCAGCCAUGUUAAACCCUGGGCAACAACAGCCAUAUUUCCCAUCACCGGCACCGGGUCAGGCUCCUGGACCAGCUGCGGCAGCCCCAGCUCAGGUACAGGCUGCCGCAGCUGCCACAGUUAAGGCGCACCAUCAUCAGCACUCGCAUCAUCCACAACAGCAGCUGGAUAUUGAGCCGGAUAGACCUAUCGGAUAUGGAGCCUUUGGUGUUGUCUGGUCAGUAACAGAUCCAAGAGAUGGAAAGAGAGUAGCACUCAAAAAGAUGCCCAACGUCUUCCAGAAUCUGGUCUCUUGCAAAAGGGUCUUCCGGGAAUUGAAGAUGUUGUGUUUUUUUAAACAUGAUAAUGUACUCUCUGCCCUCGACAUACUCCAACCACCACACAUUGACUAUUUUGAAGAAAUAUAUGUUGUCACAGAAUUGAUGCAGAGUGACCUACACAAAAUUAUCGUCUCUCCUCAACCACUCAGCUCAGAUCAUGUCAAAGUUUUUCUUUAUCAGAUUUUGCGAGGUUUGAAGUAUCUCCAUUCAGCUGGCAUUUUACAUCGAGACAUUAAGCCAGGGAAUCUUCUUGUGAACAGCAACUGUGUUCUAAAGAUUUGUGAUUUUGGAUUGGCCAGAGUAGAAGAAUUAGAUGAAUCUCGUCAUAUGACUCAGGAAGUUGUUACUCAGUAUUAUCGGGCUCCGGAAAUCCUGAUGGGCAGCCGUCAUUACAGCAAUGCUAUUGACAUCUGGUCUGUCGGAUGUAUCUUUGCAGAACUACUAGGACGAAGAAUACUGUUUCAGGCACAGAGUCCCAUUCAGCAGUUGGAUUUGAUCACGGAUCUCUUGGGCACACCAUCACUGGAAGCAAUGAGGACGGCUUGUGAAGGCGCUAAGGCACACAUACUCAGGGGUCCUCAUAAACAGCCAUCUCUUCCUGUACUUUAUACCCUGUCUAGCCAGGCUACACAUGAAGCUGUUCAUCUCCUUUGCAGGAUGUUGGUCUUUGAUCCAUCCAAAAGAAUAUCCGCUAAGGAUGCCUUAGCCCACCCCUACCUAGAUGAAGGGCGACUACGAUAUCACACGUGUAUGUGUAAAUGUUGCUUUUCCACCUCUACUGGAAGAGUUUAUACCAGUGACUUUGAGCCUGUCACCAAUCCCAAAUUUGAUGACACUUUUGAGAAGAACCUCAGUUCUGUUCGACAGGUUAAAGAAAUUAUUCACCAGUUCAUUUUGGAACAGCAGAAAGGAAACAGAGUGCCUCUCUGCAUCAACCCUCAGUCUGCUGCUUUUAAGAGCUUUAUUAGUUCCACUGUUGCUCAGCCGUCUGAGAUGCCCCCAUCUCCUCUGGUGUGGGAGUGACGGUGGAAGAUAAUAUACUACUGAAGAUGUAAUGUAGCUUUCCACUGGAGUCUGGGAUUUGCAAUUCUGGAGGUUAAUCAUGCUUGUACUGUAAUUUUACUAAUGAAGUUUUAAAUUAACAACCACUACUUGUAUGAUAUGAAUAAUAUUUAGAAAUGUUACUAGACUUUUAAUCUUGUAAAGUGGUUGUGCUUUUAGAAGAAAAAUAUUUUACCCAGAGUUGCACAUGUUUUAUGAAUUUAGUGCAGCUGUUAUGGCUCACCUCAGAACAAAAGAGAAUUGAACCAAAUUUGGGAGUUUGGGGUUUUGUGUUUUUGUUUUGUUUUGUUUUUCUUUUUUAAAAUGAAGUGAGAUUGUUCACACACACACACACACACAAAGGACAGUUAUACAUUUUGAUAUUUGAGCCAUUCCUGAAAAUUUGGGGUUUUCUAAAAUGAAAGAAUCUAGAAACCUUGCCUGCGACCAAUCAUGGAGCCACGUGAGCUGAUCGUGGCUGCACCUGGGGGGGGGGUUGGGGGGAGGGGCAUGCCACCUAAUGAUCAAGCCCUAUAAUUAGCUUCUCAUUAGAGCCGUGACGGUGAUGUGUGCUGUCUAAAAUCCAAUGUUGUGGGUAGAGAGAAUGAGUUUGUGACUAGGAGAGACUAAACUUUUGUUUUCCUUACCCAGUAUAAAUAUAUAUAUAUAUAUUUAAUCUAUUUUUAUUAGAAGUUUUUCUGCUCUUUCUUACAUAAAAGAACCCCCAAGCAUGCAUCUUUCAUGUGUGUAAAUAAUUCAUUUCUGGGCUAAUUUCAAAAGAAUUCCAACAUUGCUGUAUAGAGAGAAAACUAGCUUGCACAUUUUAGGUCUGUGAAAUUUUGUGAGACUUUUCCUGCACUGGACAGUAAAAAAAAUAAAUAAAUAAAAGACAAAAACAAAUUUUAAAAAACUUUAAAGCCACAAAAAAAAGGCACAUAGAGAAUUAUGUCAAAUGUGUUUGUGUCCUUAGGCAAAGCUGUGGGAGUCUUGAAAUGUCACAGUAGUAAAUAACUUAUUACUUUUUGACAAAUUCUUUUUUCUGUUGGAACACUGAACUCUUCUGUGCAUAUGUAUAUAUGAAUACAAAUUGAAGGCCUCUACCUCCUGGAGUUAUACAACUUGGCUUGUUUACCUCCACAUGCUGAUGAUGACUAUUUUUUUUUUAAGUUCAAUGUGGAGACUUGAAACUUGAAUGUCCCUUCCAACUUUUAUAUUAAAAAUAAAAAGUCAAGAAAAUUGAAGAUCGUUUUUCACCUGUACAAGGAAUACUAAUGGAUCGUCUUAAAAUUGGUCUAGGAAAAAACCUUGGUGUGUGUUAUGGACAAUUAACUGUUAAAGUUAUUGUAAGUUAUCUGUAUUUAGCAGAGUAUUUUCAUCUUGAGUGAUCUGAGCUGAAUUUGAAGACUAUUAAUAAGUUAUGUUUGGAAGUUUUAACUUCAAUGAAGUAAUUAUUUGCUGUGAAAGAAACAAACAUUGAAUUACUAAACAAAGAUGGUGCAAUAUCUUUGUUUUUUUUUUAUGAGGCUCCUGAGAAUCAACCCAACUGAAGCAUUUCAAUUCACUUGAAUGAGAAACGUGUUUAGUAUCAAAAGAGCCCAAGAAGACACUGGUGUGAAAGGUACAAUCUCAGAGGUUGGUCAAUUACCGUGGCACACUUACUGGUCACUUUGUACAAUGUAGAUUUGAAGUACAGUGGUGAAAACAUUAAAUGUGACAUUUGAAAAAGAUGUGUCAUCUGUUUUAUUUCAAUUCCUUCCCUUUGUUUUUUCUCUUCAGCAC